AUGAGUUCCAUUGGUACCGGCUACGAUCUCGCUGCCUCGACAUUCUCUCCAGACGGAAGAAUUUUCCAAGUCGAGUAUGCUCAAAAAGCUGUUGACAAUGCGGGAACAAUGAUCGCGAUUCGAGGAAAGAACGGAAUUGUGAUGGUUGCUGACAAAGUGAUAUCCUCAAAGCUUUACACUGACAAUGCCAACCCAAGAAUGUUCAAUGUCAACGAUAACGUUGGUGUCGGAGUCUCCGGGAAUUACCCAGAUGGAUUUUCAUUGAAGAACUACGCCUAUGGAGAAGCUAUGAAGUGGCUCAAGGAUUACCGUGAGCCAAUGCCAGUGCAAAACAUUGCUAACGCUGUUGCUGAAUACAUUCAUAUCCAUACUCUUGGUAUCAGUCGUCCAUUCGGAGCAGGGGCUUAUUUCAUCUCCUGGAACAAACAAACGGGUGGUCGCUUAUUCCUUGUCGAGCCCUCCGGUCUCAACUACGAAUACAAGGCUUGGGCUGUUGGAAAGCAUCGUCAAGCCGCUAAGGCUGAAAUCGAAAAGCUCAAAAUCGAUGAGCUUGAUGUACAGCAGUUGGUGAAAGAAGCCGCUCGAAUCAUCAUGGCUGUCCGUGAUGAGAACAAGGACAAGAACGUUCAAAUCGAAAUGGGAUGGGUUGGAGAGCACACAGAUGGAAAGUACGAAGAAGUGCCUUCAGAGGUUGUUGCCGCUGCUGAAGAGUGGGCAACCGCCAAACUCGACGAGGACGAUAUGGAAGAUUGA